AUGAUGGCGCCCUGGACCCACGACAGCAUUGAACUGUUAAUCGAAGAGACUGGCCUGGCAGGUCAGGAAAGACCACAUCCUUAUCUGACAACGAACAUGGUUCGAGCGAUAGUUAAGCCUACAGACUGCUACUAUGCUGAUGAUCUCAUGCACCAAUAUCCAAACAUUCUGGCAUUGGGAAUUCUUCUUAUCGAAAUUGCCAUCAAGCAGCCCUUAACAAGUGAAGAAUUCCCUCUCCCCUUGAGCGAAACUGCGAUGAAUGACUACUAUACGUGGGCAUGGACAACGGCAAACAGAAGCAACUUAAAGGACAUGGUGCAUUCUACAUAUGAAGAGGCUGUUAAUAACUGCCUCAACCCUGAGCUAUUUGGAGGCUACUCAAUACAACAGUAUGCAGAGGCAGAGCAGAUCAAGGCCCGACAGAGGGUUCUUUACGAGAAGAUUGUUUCCCCAUUGAAAAGAUUGUCCGAGGCCUAUCAAGAUGACUGGGAUAUCCAGAGUCCUCCUACCACGGAGACGAUUGGGACAUCCUCCCACCAUGCCUUUUCAGAGCAGACGGUCAUUACCUCACAUUUCCCCGUCCAGGAAGAUUUCACGAUCGCAAUAUUUUGUGCCUUGCCGCUAGAGGUUGAUGCGGUUAGCGCUGUGUUUGAUGAACGGUAUGAAGACUUAAGGCUGUAUCAGAACGCGCUGGGAGACUCGAACACGUACACUCUUGGUCGAGUGGGUCGCCAUCACGCUGCUCUGGUACAUCUCCCGGGAAUGGGAAAAAGCGUUGCGUCUCAGGCCUCCUCUACUAUACGGUCAACCUAUCCGAACAUUAAGCUCGCUCUAGUGGUCGGAAUCUGUGGCGGUGUUCCGUACAAAAAGGGGAACAAGGAGAUCCUCCUCGGAGAUAUAGUAGUCAGUGAUGGAAUUAUCCAGCAUGAUUUUGGGCGAAGGAUUCCUGGGGCAUUCCUGCCGAAAACAUCAGUUACCGAUGGGCUUGGACGGCCCAAUACCGCUAUACGUGGUUUUCUUUCGAAGGUAAAGACGACUAUGGCACAACAGCGGAUGUCAAACAAGAUUAAGACAUAUAUGGGAGCUAUAAGCCAGAUGCUUGGCCAUGACACUGCUCGAUAUCCAGGCGUGGAGCAAGAUGAACUCUACGAGUCAAGCUAUCAGCAUAAACAUCACGGCAGCACCACUUGCAGCAGUUGCGCAGACUCAACCAGCGAUAGGGUCUGCGACGAAGUGUUUGAUCUAUCGUGUCAUGAAUUGGGAUGCCGCAGAGAGAACCUUGUAAAACGGAAGCGGCUCCAGGCUGUACUCACACAGGGGCAUAUCCCCACUCCGGCAGUUCACUUGGGUCUCAUUGCAUCUGGGGAUACCGUCAUGAAGUCUGGGCUAGACAGAGACCUCAUCGCAAUGCGGGAUAGUGUGAUAGCGUUUGAAAUGGAGGGUGCAGGGGUCUGGGAUAGUCUGCCUUGUCUAGUGGUGAAGGGCGUUUGUGACUAUGCUGAUAGCCAUAAGAAUAAAAUAUGGCAACCACGUCUCAACAUUCUUAUACUUGGUCUCAUACUGAAAGAUGCUUUUGAAUGCCAGGCAGCUACGUCGGGCUACCCACGGACCCCGGUGCAACUUGACGACUCCCUCUCCGCAUCUUCUUCCAUCUCACAUCUUUUCACUUUCCAUUUCUCAUUGACGUCCACCCAGUUCCAGAUCAAAUCAAACGCAAUGGUAUUCCGCCAGGAAAUAAAUCCGCUCACUCCGGAGUUUGACGCUCUGGUCGAGAAAUUGCGUGAAGAAUGGCACAUCCCAGGCCUGAGUAUUUCGAUCGUGCACGGUUCCAGCACCUACGCAAAGGCCUACGGUUAUGCUUCCUUUCCCUCCACACCUAUGACCACCACCUCCCUCUUCACAACCUGCAGCACUACCAAAGCCUUCACCGCCGCUGCAAUGUCCAUGGCGAUCGACGAUAGCCAGUCCACUCCUCAUCCAAUCUCCUGGUUCACGCCUGUCUCCUCCAUCAUCCGUGAUGACUUUGUUCUCUCUACUCCUUCAGCCACAGCCAACACUACGAUUGAAGACAUCUUAUCCCAUCGCAGCGGGCUCCCAGGCCACUUCUAUUCUGUGACCCUGGCUUAUCCGAACGAGACUUUGCGCACCGAAGUCCGCAGACUUCGAUGGCUGCCACUCGCCUUCCCACCACGAACAACAUUCAACUAUUGCAACCAUAUGUUCAUGGCUGCCACAUAUUUGUUGGAACGCAUAAACGGCGAAGGUCUCGGAACGACACUCAAAAGGCGAAUUUGGGACCCACUCGACAUGAAAGACACAUAUUUCUCCACCGCCGAAGUGCAGAAGUCCCCCACUUUGUCGAGGAGACUAGUCAAGGGCUACACCUGGAACCCGGACACACACACCUAUCACGAAGAGCCAUAUAUCAACUAUGCUCCAAUCACCGGAACUGGAUCGAUGGUUUCUAGCGUGAUGGAUUACGCGAAGUGGCUGCGCGCUAUGCUGUACCAGACACCGCCUAUCUCAAAAGAGGGGCACACUGCACUUCGUAUACCUAGAGCAGUUAUCGCCGAUUCAGAUUGGAAGAAUAUGCUCGCUCCACCGGGGGCUUACCACCUCUAUACCAUGGGGUGGUUCAUCGACUAUUACCAUGGAGAACAGCUAUACUGGCAUACGGGAAGCUGGAAUGGAUUUGGAAUCAUGGUUGGAUUUUUGCCUGCAAGGAGCUUUGCUUUCGUGAUGAUGGGGAAUACUCAGAACGCGAGGAUUGCGGAGCUGGAAUUGUAUCUGUAUCUCAUCGAUCAGCUGCUGGGGAAGGGCGGAGCGGACAGAGAGACCCAUGUGAGGAAGCUAGGUGCGAAACUGAAGGAGAUGGAGCGGAUGUACGACGAGAGUGUCGAGAGUGUGGUGGCACGUUUAUAUCCAGACCUCAAAACGAGGUUACCACUUGCGUUGUCGCUGGGAUCGUAUACAGGGAAAUAUGCGCACCCGGGAUAUGGGGAGUUGAGGGUGUGUGAGGAGAGCGGCAAGUUGGUUGUUGAUUUGAGGGACCGGGUGAUGUUUGGCUGUCUGCGGUUUGAACAUGUCAGUGGGGAGUUCUUCGUCGUCAAGUGUUAUAACCCCGAUGCUGAGGCUGUGGGACCAGAGUAUUUCAAGGCUGAAUUCUACGUCGAUUCGGAGGGGAUAGUGACGAGCUUGGGGUUGGAUUUGGAGUCUACUCUGGGGGAGAAUAUCUGGUUUCAACGGGAAGUGUGA